UCUCUCACAUUCAAUAAUUGUUAAUCCUUAUGGUAGUCUCUUCCCCUGAAUUUGCGCCCCUUUCUUCAAAAUUCCUCUCAUAAAAAGAAGCUUUCCCAACAUUCAUUCAUUCCACAAGCUCCUACGCACUGAAAAUCUGAACCCAUAAAAAUCAUGGACGGUGAACGGAGAGUCGGCGUCGCGGUGGAUUUCUCCCCCUGCAGCAGAAAAGCACUCAAAUGGGCUAUCGACAACGUUAUACGCAAGGGCGAUUACCUAGUUCUCAUCACCGUUCGUCCCGAAGGCGAUUAUGAAGACGGCGAGAUGCAGCUCUGGCAAACCACCGGAUCUCCGCUUAUUCCUCUGGUUGAGUUUUCUGAUCCUCACACCAUGAAGAAGUACGGGGUUAAGCCUGAUGCUGAAACUAUGGACAUUGUGACGACGGCGGCCUCUCAGAAGGAGAUCACUGUGUUGCUUAAAAUUUAUUGGGGAGAUCCUCGUGAGAAGAUUUGUGAAGCAAUUGAUAACAUUCCUAUUACCUGUCUCAUUAUUGGGAACAGAGGUCUUGGCAAGCUUAAGAGGGCCAUAUUGGGGAGUGUAAGCAACUAUGUAGUGAACAAUGGUUCUUGUCCAGUCACUGUGGUGAAGAAAGCAGAUAAUGAGAACUGAUCAUCUCAGACCACGGCACUCUUAAAAUCUACAUUUUCCCAUUCAAAUUUUCUUAUUGUAAGAUGGUGAUUAUUAUGUUUUGUGAUUUUGUAAUGUAUAUGUUGUUGGUCUGGCCUUAGUUGCCGUGUGGUUUUUAUGUUUGUCAAAUAAUGAGAGCUUUUAUGGGCUGCAAUAGGAUGGUUUAGAGGUUGUUUGACAGUGUUCUUGAAAACAAUUUUCUGUGGAAUAACAAUUUAGUAAAAACAUGUCUGCCUUGACUUGUUCUAAGGUCAAAUUACACACUAAA